AUGACAGCGACGGGGUUGAAGCCGCUCAGCUUCCGAUGGAUCCUCAUGGGCUGCAUCGGUGCGCUGGUCUUGUUUCAGUCUGUCGACGUGUUCCUGACGUACAGAGCGACCUCGUUGUUUCGCGCUCGAAGCUCCGACAUGCCAUCCGGCCUUUGCAAUCUCAAAACGGGAAAAGCGACCCCCAGGGAUGCCAAGGGGGCCAAACAUCACCGAGCAAGGGAAGGGCCAGAUAAUGGCUUUGCUUCAGCUCAAAAAGAGCUCCCCUAG